GAUAAAAUUUUCCAUCUCAAGUUCUUUUAGAGCCAAUACGUCUUCGUCGGUAAUGGUCGUCUGAAUCGAAUUAUCUGGUGUUGCUGUUGUUGUYAUUGACGUUGCAUCUUUCAUCUCUGUGGUCGAUAGUCGUUGCCGUUUUUUGUGCGAAUGAUCUUUGUGUCGUCGCUGUUGGCCAAAUAAUUGACCGAUGUUCCCGGUCACUUUAUCCCAUUCGUUUUCGACAUUUUCAGAAAGUUUGCCCCAUUCGUUCACGACGUUAUUCGCAAUUUUGUCCCAUUCCUUARCAACGUGUCUACCGAAUCUUUCCAAGGGGUUGACCSCAUUUCUGCCUUUCCUUCCACCCGGCCUUCCCAUAAUCUUGGUCCUCGCUUCCUGUUGGACUUCUUCCAAUCGGUGGGGAUUCAUGUAUUUAUAAAUCUCAAUGCCUUCGGGUGCUGCUUGAAAACUAUAGCUAAAAAUCUUUUGGACAGCCCAGCCGUGGAGAUCUCCAUAUAUUUCGUCGUAUGCAGCUUGUACAGCGGCCCUGGAAGAGUCAAAUCUAGUGCCAACCUCAAGCACAUUGUUGAAUAUAGUCGUUUGAUACUCUAGCUGUCUGCGGACCCAUAAAAGUCCCAUCGCUGCACUCUUCUCCUUCAAGCGAGGAAGCUUUGUAUUGUCAUGGACAUCAGUCUCUACUUCAUAUUGCAAUAAGUCACGAAGAGUUGGGCUUGUGAAAAUAGUUUCCGAGCCGACCUCGUUGCUGUYCACGGAUGCUCUUUCUUUGUUACCAUUUUCCUUGGAUUGAUGAACGCCAUAUUCAUGAAUGGCAASUUCAAUCUUCGCAAUGUUUUGCACGAUAUCUUUCUGGCCAAGACCGAUKCCUACAGCGUAUCCUUUGUAGCCGGGAGGAACUUGUCGGAGGACGCGCCACUCGGCGAAGAUUCUCAUUGCCGCACAAAAGUUAAUCGCAUCGAUAUCUCCUGCAAKAAUAUGAGAGUGACCRAUCUGCUCAGUGGUGAUCGGAGCCGAGACCCCCCUGCCUCGCGCCGCAUUGGUAGYGGUGGAAACUCUUUCGAUCAUCUUCUUCACUCGAGGGAGGAGCCCUGAUAGAAACUUCCCAGAGUUGAARUCCCUCUGGGUGCUUUCAACAGCAUAUCGAAAGGACAUGGUAAURUCUUUUAGUGUGCUUUCCGCGAUUUCUUUUAAUGGAACAAAACAUUCCGAGUUGGAUAAGAUGAAGUCUACAUUCGCUGUCGAAGCUCCCUGCUUCUUUUUCGACUUCGACUUAUUGUUUCUUCGCGUCUUAACUGACACUGCSGCACCGCCUCUUGGGGUAGCCAAUACCUCUCCGAUCGAGUCUUUGGGUGCAGGAUUUGCACCAGUAGGAGAGUUUUUGAAAGCAAUGCGAGCAUGCUCUACGACAGAAUAAAACGAACCAAUCCACCCAUCGGYCCAAUAAUCCUCUCUACGAAGAUCGAUGCCGCCUGCGAAGGGGAGAAUGGGACUCAAAGUUGUGGUAAYGGAAGAAAUUGCAGCGCUUCCUAGACCCAUGGAUGGUCGGGCUUUAURMGAAGAUUGAUCUUGACGGUAUCGAAAUGCGGGCCGAAUUACAUCGGCGCUAAGGGCAUCAUAAUCAUCGUGUGCUUCCAAUGAUCCUAUUUGCGCGUCAACCAUACAAAAAAUGACAUCGGCCAAGCUGAAUACUAUCAGAAUCAAAACGGAAAACUUCCCAACACUCCACUUCCUUCUUUCGUCCACAAAGUUGUUGUGGUGCAGAUGUAGACUAACUGAACGAGCAUUCGCAUUAGACCUUGUAUAAGAUUUCUCGUUGACUUCUUCGCGGUAUAUCUUGUCGAUCAGUGGUGUGAUGUGGUCAACUUUGCCGCUAUAGCCUUCGAAAGARCCCCUGUCCAUGUCAAAAGAGUAAUGCGUUGCAAUGUAUGCAGACRUAGGUAGAGAAGAGACACUUGUGAGAGAGGGAGAUCCUGUAUCUAUUAUUUGGUUCAUUGCGGUGUUCGUCCAGGCAUUAAUGGAUGGUUGUUCAAAAUCCGAAAUCCGUUCAUUUUUUUAUUCCGAUACGAGUACUACUCGUACUCGUACUCGUAUUUCGCACCAGGAACCACCAUAUGCUACGAUUAUCGUCCGAAUAGUACUCGUAAUCUCGUAGUGGAUWAACGGUUGCCGUGUGCUGGCGUCGACAGUUUUUUGCACUACAAACGCACGCAGAUGAUGGGUGUCAUCUCAAAAGCAAUCAACAAUCGAACUGYUAAAAAUUCGAGUACUUUCAUUCUGUAACACAUGGUACGGUACUCAUACAGUAGGUCUACAUUGUACUGUAGUACCGUGUUGUUUGAAAUGGGAAAGCGAGCAGAACACGUCAACGCACCCAUCAAAAGUCAAAAGUGAUCCGUUCACGCGGGGUAGAAAUAGACAUGGUUCUGGAGCUCGGGUUUCACAUUUUGUGGGACUCAAAAUUAUCCUCACGAUACGACUGUGACACCAAACGAAAGAAAUGCAUGGACAUAGAAACAGAACGAGGCAUGUUUCGAAAACACGAAGCAAUAGAACCUUGUCCUUUCUUGAACGUGUUGAAAUGCAAAUCGAAAACAGCAACUUACUCUUCGUCAUUCAUGUGGGAWGCGAAGGUCUCGCGGCUGAAUCUGGAGGCCCGAGUUUCGUGAUGCGUUGCAUCCAUGGUAUUCCUCCCCGUGAUCAUUCCGCAGAAGUCUAAGGAUUUCGACUUUUUCAGCGUUGUCUUCAUGGUUGUWUUUGACGUUUGCUGUUAUUGAUGAAAAAGGGGCUCUGUCUUUACUUUUUGUGGUGUUCUAUGAAUAGAGCGGUGCUUCGGUAUCGAUAUUAUUGUUCUGUGUCAUAGUUGUCAAGAAUGAUGCAGAGUUGAUAGAUUGUGAUGUAUUUUGAAUUUUCUCGAAGAAAAUUGAAUACGAGUACAGGUACACAGUACCGUAUAUGUCGUAGCGAAUGGGAACUCCUCUCCCUUGCCGUCUUUCUCCUCAUGACUCACAUCGCUUSAAGAGACUUAACAAAACGCGACCAACUCCGACCAGACGGCCUCUUGUGAUGUCGCUAUUUUUUCGAAUUUGUGUGACAUCUUGCACUGUAAACUGGAACGGUUCGGAGCUGGUGCAUUGUCCUGUCUUCGAUUACUAGCAGAAGUUACAAAUUACUCCAUCCGAGGAACAAGGGGUUAUCAGCAUCGUGCGAUAUUAUGACGCCGUUGAUGACACCAACAAAAAACUCGUACGAUGGUUUUAUGUUUCGUAGUAGAACUCUAACGGUAGCGAGGAUCGAAGAAUAUGGCAGUCUCUCUGUAGAGAAGAAAAAAAUCAUCAGGGCGAAGUUAGCGUACGGUACGUACGAGUACGUACCGGUAUCAUUCUGUACUUCUGAUAAUUUUUGAUGAGUCGAUUGAUGAUGAUGUUUCACGAUGAUUACUGUAUGAUGACGAUGAUUCAUUCGUAGGUAUCAGCAGUCUACCAGUACRCCGCACAAUACGAUACGGUAUCUUCCAUGUCGCGUAAAUCCGGUAUUCCGAACUCGAUUCUUCGGCUUCCAUAACCAACUCCAAGACUUGCUGUAAUCAAUUUAACUUGAGUUUCCCACUCUGACCUCUUGCGAGACAGUAAGCUGCAUUACCGCGAGCCAAAUCAUGAAAUCUCCCUAYGUUCAUUGCGAUUGUCCGACGUGGAUGACGUUGAUAUUAGUCGUGCCAUUCUUAUUGGAAGCUGCAUCCGCUUUCCUUUGCACGGACACAAAGUUWGCUUGCUCGCAUCGUUCGGCCGAUUCGAGUAGCAGCAAUAUUUACGGCAACUCGCAGCUCGGUUUGGGUGGGAGUGAUGGUGGUGAAGAAUAUCAAGAUGCAUAUGGACGAACUAUCCAAACAUCCAAUGAUGCCGAAGAUGAGGAUGAUCCGCUAGCCAAUGCGAGUAAAAGCGUCAUUCUCGACCCUCUGGUCGUUUGUGGGCCAUCUGGAGUUGGAAAGGGAACAUUGAUCGAGUGCCUCCGAAGUAGGUUCCCGUCCGAUGUGUUUGCGUUUAGUGUAUCACACACAACACGCCAGCCACGCCCAGGUGAAGUUCAUGGGGAGCAUUAUCAUUUUACCAAUCCGGAGGACAUACAGCGAGAUAUCGAUCAAGGACUGUUUGUAGAGCACGCCCAGGUUCAUGGAAAUUACUAUGGAACUAGCAAACAGGCGAUCGAGGUACUUCAAAGCGAAAAAAAGAUUACCAUUCUGGAUAUCGAUGUGCAAGGAGUGAUUUCCGUGAAAGAAUCAAGAUUUCCGGCCAAUUUCAUCUUCAUUGCACCUCCUUCAAUGAUGGAAUUAGAAAACCGUCUUAGAGGGCGGGGGACGGAAACUGAGGAGGCUAUUCAGAAACGACUCGRAAACGCCGCGAAAGAGAUCGAAUAUGGUGAGGCAGAUGGCAACUUUGAUCACGUAUUUWUCAACAACGAUGUUGAGGAGACCGUAGACGAAAUGAUUAAGGUACUUCUAGUGAAGUAUCCUCAGCUGAARAAAUUCCAAGAUGCCGCUUCUCUCGAAGCUGAACAAAUCAAAGGCGAACAGACAAUAGAUGAUGAUAAAGAAGAAGAAUCUGGUGAGCAGUCGUUUGACUUUCUUGCCGAGAGCGACAAGAUGCUGUAUUUCCCCUCGGUACGAGCAGGCCAUGAUAAAUUAGAGGUCACGGAUCGAUCUUCAAAUAAACGAYGAGACCRACCACAAAAGAGAAAGURCGGCCCCUACAUAGUGGACAACGAGGAACCUGAUUGGCCGCACCCGUCGUCGUAUCGAGACUUCGGCAAAACAAMCCCCAACAUUGUGCUGGAUGAAGAUAUAAUCAACCAAGAAGAUUAGRUUAGCCAUUACGCGACGUAUACGAUAACGCCGACAACCUGAUGCGCCAACUCGCCAAAAUGAUAACUUUUCAUCCAACAAUUUAUUCKCAGUUCACUGURUGGCACGCAACUUUCCGUUGACUCGUGAGCAUUUCACUCAAUAAACUUCAAUGAAAAUUAAUURUUGCA